AUGCCGCCCAGUCCACUGCAGAGACUGCACUGCGGUCCCUCCCCCAGCCCGAGGUCCGCGGGGGUUCCUCGGGGGACAGUCUCAGUUUCGUGCCGUUAUUUAAAGAAUUCUCUCCAUGUUUUUGUAUCGGGAGGCGCCAUCGGCACUUCCUCCCUCUCCCCCGUUGAGUGCCAAGAAGGUGUUGGACCAGCCCGCCCUUCCCUACUGGUGCCCCCUCCUCCCCGGCCAAGGCGCCUGGACCUGGCAAGGACGCUGCCAGCCGAGCGGACUGAUUUGCAGAGUCUGUACAUAGUGUAUAUUGCUCUACCCGGCCGCACACCGAGUCCUGCUCUGGCUUUUGCCUCCUUGAUGCCAGCCUGCUGCAACGGACCCUCCCUGCGCCCCUCCCCAGCCCAUCUUACUACAAGCAGCGUCCUGAGGAGACAGCGUCACGACGUUCUAGCCGCAUCUUUGGCCAGCCUGAGCCAGUGGAGUGGGCUCCGUGUUGCUCAUUCUCUACAGGCUGUCAGCUUCUGUCUCUGGCACGCAGGGUCUUGCCCCUUCUCCGGGGCCUGUGCCAGCUCCCUUCCCUCCCUGUUCUCCUGCCCCCACAGCCAUUCUGGGAGCUGGGGAACCUGACCUCAAGGCCCUGCGGUUCCAGAGGUGGUCAGUCUUGCCCCUUGGCCAACAGAUUUCUUAUCCUGCCUUCUAGAUGUUUCUGAGCUCCAAACCCAGGGGAGCCAUGGCUUCUCAUUUCUACCAUGAGGUUUCAAUUCCAUCAGAAAGGUUGGGGUAGGUUCGUGCAGAGAUGGGGCUGGCGUGGGGGCUGCAGGAGCGGUAUUUUAACAGAUCAAGAGAAUGAAGCCAGAUCAGUGAAUUAAGUUCCUCACAAUUAUUUUCUUUCCCUGAGGUUUGAUUGGCAGAACAGCAAAAGUUGGGGUGAACACACUUUGUGUUCACUGUUUUUAGAAAAAAAUCGAAUGGCUUCCUGCCAUUGUGGGGCUGGGCUCUCAUGCCUGGGGCCUCUGGGCUGGGACCGUGGACAGCCCCUUGUCACUGUCCUAAUCUUUGUGAGGACAAAGGUAGCAAGAGGAGUUCCUGGCAGAUGGGAAGGAAUGGCUGGGGCAGUCAGUUUUGACCCCCAGUCCCCUGGAGAAAAACCAGGGUCAUCUGCACCUGCUGACUGCUUCCCUAGCCCCCAACUCGAACACCUCAUUACCCUUUCCCCUACAGGGAUCAAGUGACCUGGGAAGAACUGAUUCCAGGAUUUGUUUCCUUAGACUUUCUUUCCUAGGUGAUUUCUAGGCAGAGCCCUGAUUGGACAAUCACAGAUCACACUGCAGUUUCCAUGUUAGCACUGUGGAUGGGUUUUUAAUCAAUAAAAACUGGGGGUUUCUUCUCACCCGUCUCUCCACUCGCCCAAACUGCCAAAAGCUGGUGGUUUUGGGACAGGCCUCCACUUCGGAGCCACAGGAUGGGGUGGGGGAGCUCCGUGGGCCUGGGAAGGAGGAGGAGGGGCUGCAGGGCUGACGAGCAGGCAGCCUCAUCUGGUCUGGGGGCGGGAGAAGUGGGGUCUCCGUCCUUGUGACUGUUCUGGUUGGCCAUGGGCCCUGUGAGGAUGUGUGGUGCUUGGGGGCUCCUGUGCCAGUGGGUGGGGGGCAUGCUUGCCUUUGAGUGAUCAGGCAAGGCCAGCAGGGGUGUGCUUGCAAAUUCAAGCAAUAAGUUGGGGGGGGGUUGGUCCUGGGAGCUUCCAGCCCAGGCUGGGAGCCCCCAUGACUUCUGGCAGCUGGACGUCCAGCCCCAGGUGGUGGGGUGAUUUUGGUCAUGGCAGUGUGCCUGUCCCACUGUACACGCAUGAAUGGGGGUUACGGGGUGGGGGUGGGGACUCAGGGCUGGACCGACGUCCUAGUGGACCUGAUGUGAAAUUCCUGUCACACACCACCACUUUUAAAUGGUUUGCUAGGAUUAUUUCUGUAUUGAAAGUUUCUAAUUAUGCUUUUUAAAAAAAUACUAAAAAUAAAGGUUCAAGCUGCCAAAUUUU